CUGGAAGCUUGCUGAUGAAAGCUUUGCGACAGAAAGGAGAGAGGCCUGGCUGAGAGCUGGCUGCACCCACAGCCCAGGGUGCAGAUGAAAAGUGCUCUCACCUUGAGCUUCCAGCAGCCCUGCAGACCAGAUCCCCGUGCUCAGCCAUGAUGAGGCGAGGCUUCCAAGCGGCAGCCACACUCAGCCGCCUCAGAGCCCUUCCUGGUGCGCCCCGCAUCCUGCCCAUACUCAACCCCGCCGCAGCAUUCGGAUCCUCCAUUGACUCCCGGAUCUCAAGAUUCUGCCCAAAGAAGACAGACUUUAAGGAUUAUGCCCUUCCCAAUGCCAGCUGGUGUCCCGACAUGCUGAGCCUGUACCAGGAAUUUCUGGAGAAGACCAAGACCGACGGCUGGAUCAAACUGCCCUCCUUCGCGUCCAACAGAGAGCAUAUCCAGGGGCUCAAACUCCCAACCGGAUUAGCAGUUACCCCGGACAACAGUGACUGCCGCAUCAUCACCAGGAGCCUCCAAGUGGAAGGACAAGGCUACGAACAUGCCAUCUUUUUUAACCCAUCUGAGAAGAAGUCCGUCUGUCUUUUCCAACCAGGCCCCUACUUGGAGGGGGCCCCAGGGUUUGCCCACGGAGGGUCCCUGGCAACCAUGACGGAUGAGACCUUUUCUAAAACUGCCUACCUGGCUGGAGAGGGGCUGUUCACACUAAGCCUCAGCAUCAGGUUCAAAAACUUGAUCCCCGUGGGCUCACUGGCUGUACUAAACGUCAGUGUGGACAAGAUUGAGGACCAGAAGCUUUACAUGUCCUGCAUCACCCAGACCAGAGACCAGAAGACAGUCUAUGCCAAGUCCUCAGGUGUUUUCCUUCAGCUGCAGCUGGAACAGGAGUAACAGGAGAGCCUACCUCUGACUGUUCUGUCUGCUUGGGAACCCCCCAACAGGUUGGGGGGGCUCUCCAUGGAAUCCACUGAUGAGGUGAAGGAGGGGGCACUUUCCUCUGAGCAAAUAAAGUCUCUCGGCCCCAUUUCA